AAAUCACGGAUGGAGCUACAGGUGUUACUCACAGUCGGGAUCGGCGUUCUCUUCCUUGUUCCGGCACAAUGUUUUGUGAACCUUGCACGAACUGAGAAGUUCCGCGGCACGCCAUCACAGAGUACCACAUACACAAGUCCUGCUAUUCAUGGUCAACCUGACCAUGCUGUGGACGGACUCUUAGAGCUUGAUGACGGCGGCGCCAGUACCUGCUCCUUUACAUUGGGUGGAGUCGAUCAUCAGACAGCAUGGUGGAAAAUGACGAUGAAAGUCUUUGUUAAUGUGGCGUAUUUGCAAAUCCAUUUCCGCAAAUUUACUAACAAUCGACAACUGGGAUUCUCAGUAUAUGCCUUUAACGACACCGGCUUCGAACCACCGUACACAGGGAGAGGACUACGAGUAUAUGCUCACGACGCCACAUGUCUUCCAAUGAUUUACAACGUAACUCUCAAUACAGUGACGAAGGGGAUCGCUUUAUAUAACUCCAGAAUAAAUGAACUGCUAACAAAUUGUUUCGGAUAUGAACCGUCAUUUGCUACCCUUGAAACCUGUGAAAUAUUGAUCAUGGGUUGUGCAGAGAGACAUUAUGGAGAAAAUUGUACACCUUGCGAUUCAAAAUGCUUAGACAGGCAGUGUGAUGCAUUUGAUGGGUCCUGUAUCUAUGGAUGUCAUAACAGUUUGAUGAUCGCUCCUGGAUGUAAUGUUUGUAAAGGACUGUUGUAUGGAGAAAACUGUACUGAACCUUGUGGACAUUGUUUCAAUGGAAGCCAAUGUGACAUGACAGGUGUCUGUCUUAAAGGAUGUGAACAUCAAUGGGGUGGACCCCUGUGUGACGUUUGCAGUGGCGGAUUUUACGGACCAAACUGUACAUUACAAUGUGGACAGUGUAAAAAUGGUUCAUACUGCAACGUGACAACUGGGAUAUGUGAAGAAGGAUGCCAGGAUAAUUGGAGGGGAGACAAAUGUGACGGGAGUCCUGAUGCAUUACAUUAG